AGAGUCUUAAGAAAUCAGCCAUUAAUCUUCUCAUAUCCUAGGAUGACUAAGCCUAAUUUUAUGAAUACAAAUACUUUAUUGGGUAAUUCAAUCCCAAGAAUGAUCAAGAUAAGAGUUUGUGAUCAAAAUCCAAUAGCGUUAUUUCACUUAUCAAUGUGCUGGAUUAUGCUUUGCCGCUUAUAUCAUGUUUGCCUAUCGAAGAAUGUUGAGUGGUGGUGUACUAUCUCCACUUACCAAGAUCACCGUAGAUCUAACCCUAUUAUCAGCCUCCCUAUUUCUAUCAUCCAAAAUAGGAGUCACUUCUGUCAUGAGGGAUCUAGUGCCUUUGCGUAAGAAAUUGCUAAAUGAACCAGAUGUUGAUUAUUUGAGACAUCUUCUUAGUAAAUAUAAGAAGUUUGAUUUUUACAAAGAGAACGAAUUCACAUUAUAUCAUGAUGUGUUGACAACAUCUGAAUUCAAGGAAUGGAAGGAGUUACACAAAUUUGAUGUAACCAAAUUCUGAGUAUAUAAAAGAAUGAAUUAUUAAUCAUUUGAUUUCUUUCCUUAAUAAA